CUGAUAAAAUUCCUACCGAUGUGCAACAGCGUAGACAAGAGCGGUAAGCAGGCAGUUUCCGGUUUGGUUGAGUCCGGAAGUACUCGAGUGAACCGAUCGGUGAAACGGUUCAGUCCACUAUUUCUUCAUCCCACUAUGGUCAAGGCGUAUUUUAUGAAUAUUAAUUAGGUUGUUUCGGUGUUUCUCGGUUAUAUGUGAAGCAACCUAAUUAAUAUUUAUAAGUCAAAAUCCAGUCAACCAAUCUUAUAGAACACAUGAAGAAAGAUCAGUCGACGGGAUCUGCUUAAAGUUAAUGUUCAGCGCACCUGCUGUGACAUCUUGGAUUACGUUCUAGUCAGAGUCCCACCUCCAGCAGCAGGACUGCCCCGCCCUCGGUUCUCUCUGUAUCUCUCCUCUCAGCUGCAGUAUGGAGUGGUGCUUGUCUAUCACAGACAGUGUGACUUUUUGUUAGAGGAUACCCAGGGGGCAAUUGAUAAACUGCACCGCCUAGGCCAAAAGCCAAACAUUGAUUUGAUGGAUCAAGACACCAGGCAAAGUCACAUGAUCCCUGAUGCUCUUGCGCUAUUAGAUGAGACAGAAUGGGCGAGGGAUCCCUUCUUUGGAGUUAUGGAUACUGGGUAUGGCUUGCCAAGCCCAAGCAGCCUCAUUCAGUUGGCUCAGAGAAUGGAGGAGGUUUUACCAGAGCGUGCCUCACCCACAAGAGAACCAACUCCACCUUCAGAUGGCAUCACAGCCAGCCAGGAGUCCAUCACCCUGACUGAAAGAGAACCAGUUACAUUGCCUGAACCAGAGUUUGAAGGAGAAGAACUACAGGAAUCUGGCAUAAUCGAUUUAUUGCUGGAACAGCCAGAUUACUUUCCUGAAGGUGAGGAAGAGAGACAGCAGGAGACAGAAAGACAGGGAGAGCAAAUAGAAAAAGAGCCCGAAGAGGUCAGAGAGCCAGAGGUUCCUGAGGAGAGAAUGCAAAUAAAGAUUGAGGCAGAGAAGGUCAGAGAGCCGGAGGUUCCUGAGGAGAGAGAGCAAGAGAGAGCAGUGCUGGAAAGAGAAAUAACGCCAUCAGUUUCUUUAGACCUGGAACAAAUCACCGGCGUAUCAAGCAGGGAUGUUGUCCUGUUACCUGAGGAUGAUUUGGGGCUGCCCAUGGAGAUGCCUGUGUUGGAAGAAAGAGAAAAGACCCCAGAGCCUGUGCAUCUACCCAUACCAUCCCCUCCACUUGGCGAGGAAGAGGAAAAUGGCAUCGAGCCCAGGAGAGAUGAGGGGGUCAGAGAAAGAAGCCCUAGUCUUGAGCUUGCAGCAGUAAGUCCUGAAUACCCUGAAGUGCAGAGAAAGAGGAGGAGGCAGCUGCUCUUCAUUGAUAAAGAUACCCAGAUUUCUCAGGAGGAAAUGAGGGCACAGAUUAAUGAUGUAGAGACUGAAACCAGGGCAUUGGCGGAUGUUCUGGUCAAACUGCCUGUUAAACAAACUGAUCCUAAAAAACUGCUCGGGAACCCCUGCAUGAGCCUUCCACCUGAAAUCCUGGCGCUGUGGAAACAGGCAGCAGUCACAAAGCCCAUUCUUCCAUCCAGACGGCGUUGGUCUGUUCCAGAAGCAGAGAUACCAGAGAGAGAGGAACAAAGAGAAGAACCACGAGAGGUAGAACAGGAGAGAGAGCUCAGCUCAAAAGAGAUUCCCAGAGAAAUGGUGGAGUCUGGCCUAUUCCUGCAAGAAACACCUGCCUCUUCGGGGGUCCUUGAGACAACCGACAGGGAUUUUUCUCCAAUCGAGACUCCUGAAAUUAGACGAUCACCUGUUCUACCGGUUCCGUAUACUCUAGAGGACAUCCCAGAAGAGAGGAUUCCUGAAAUGGAACAGAUUACAAUGGAUAUCGAUGAGACUAGGCCACUGGCUCCUUCAGAAGCGUCGGUUACCUUUCACUCUCUGCUGCCCCCUCAGGCCAGCCGCAGAGUUGUUGCCCAACACUUCUGGAGACUACUAGAGAGAACAGCUGCAAAACAGGUCACAGUGCAACAGGAUGAGCCGUAUGGUGACAUCAUAAUUUCACAGAUACAACCACUGAUCGAUUGAAAGCUGGUUGUCAUCUGCCAUUAUUCUCUACAAAACUGGU